AUGGCCAGCAUCGCCGAUCUACAAGCCCGCUUGAAAGAGCUCUCAACAGCUCUGUCCCACAUCCAGCCGCUGGUCUCUCGGUUAAAGGGCUUUACGACUGCAGUUGGACAGGGCGAUCAGCCGCGAUUGGAACUAGGGACGGAGAUCCAUACUCGACUGAAAGAGGCGGAGGAGCAAUUGGAGUUGCUGAAGGUCGAGGUUGAGGCCCUGGAGGCUGCAGCGGAUACGCGGCGCAAGGGUGUGGAUAAUGAGAAGGAGUCGGAGAGGGAACGGGUUAUUGCCUUGGCUGGACGGUUGGCGGAUGAUUUGAAGAGAACGAGAGGAGACUUCCGGAACGCACAAUUACAAGCGAAGCGGAACGCUGAAGUUGCCCGACGGAAAGAGCGAGAGCUACUGUUUACGAGGUCACAAAGUGCGGAGAGGAAGAAGCAGUCGAGUGAGAAGCUGACGCAGGAUGAUAUUGUCAUGAAUGCUUCGAAUGAUGUUACGGCUGCGCUGAGACGGACGCAUCAGUUGAUGCAGGCGGAGCUGUCGCGGAGUCAGUUUGCGCAGGAGACGUUAGGUUUGUGCUGGUUUACCUUGGGUGCAGGUCAGGAUCUCGAUUCUUUGAUUUCGUCGUCACGCAAUCUCAUCGGGUCUUUGCUACGCUCGCAAAAGUCGGAUACUUGGUACCUUGAGACGGCUUUCUACAUAUUGGUUGGCACCAUUAUUUGGCUUGUCUUCCGGCGGAUAUUAUAUGGUCCCCUGUGGUGGCUCGUCUGGCUGCCUCUCAGGCUGUUCGCGAGGUUCACGUUUGCUAUUUUGGGCGCCGUCGGGAUUACCAGUAAGGCUGUUCAGUCUUCUGAACCUAGUACGAUGCUCGAAUAUGUGCCGCAAGAGACCCCAAUGGUUGAGCAGAAGGUGGAGCCGAACAUCCAAAGUGCUGAGGGCGAAGCGGUCUGGGAUCAAGUUCCAGUUACGGAUGAGGCAGAGGAGGACCGCUUAAUUGAUGAGAUCGGCAAAAUGGUGGAAGAAAGCGAGGAGCAAGAGGAGACCAACAUUGACGACAUCUCAGAAGAGGAAAGGCAAAGGCAGGCGGAGUUGCCCCGGAACCCUAAGAAGAGGAUGUUCGAGGCUACGGAUGUACCACAGCAGAAGGACGAACUAUAG